GAGCCAGACAACCGGCCCACGAAAUCCGAGAGCGGACGCCUGCACCCGCCGGCGUCGAUGCCCGCACAGAUACAGAGGGGGUGAACCACCACCGCUUCGGGAAGGACACGGAUGGAGCCGAGCGGCACGGAGCRCCUGCAGCUGCGGCGGCAGCCGAAAGCAAAAGGGGYGGGCUCCCUGUCCCCCUCCGSCCUCUGCUCGGUGGCCUGGRACCGCUACCGGGAGGGAGUCCGGGCCCACAGGGACACGAUCGACCUCCUGGACGAUGCCCUCUCGAGGCUCCUCUUUUGGCUCCCCCAUUCCAGCGGGGCAGCGGCGGGCGGUGAAGACAACGACAACGACAACGACAAUGAAAACGACAACGACAACCGCGACGGCAAGCCCGGCGAAUCGUCGCUGGCACCGGAUCUCCUCGAUCCCUGCACCGGGGAGGCCGCCUGGAGGGAGGUCGGCUACGGUCUCCUCUCCCUCCACCGGCUCUCGGUCCACCUGGCCCUCGGCGACGGCGACGACGAAGACGCCACCCACGGGGCCUCCGUCCGCACCAGGGACCCCCCGCCGGCCUCCGUGGCGGCCCUCCGGACGGCCCUCACCGCGGUCCACUCGGCCCUCCCGGCCCUCGUGGCCCUGGCCGCGCGCAAGGCGUCGGGGAGGGGAGGGAACCCCCGGGCCGCCGCCGCGGGGGCCCGGCUGGGGGCCGAGCGGGCCAAGUUUCUCCUGAGGGCCUGCCUGCUGGUGUCGUACUGGUGGCAGAAGGGCGGGGAGGACCGCUUGGCCGCGGAGGAAAGGGGUGCGGCCGCUUGCAGCGGGGUGCUGGUGGACGGCGGCAUGUACCGCUUCGACCGAGGAAGGGACGCCCAAGGCCUCUCCUGGAAGGCUUCCAGGGACCUGGCGAGGCGGAGGGCCUACGUGGGGGAGCGCACCGGGAGGGAACUGGCGGAGGCACCGGGCACGGGCACGAGCCCCAUCGCUGCGAAGAUCCGGUUGGUGGCCGGAGAGCUCCUGUACGCGGCCCGCCCCCUGCUGUGGGCCUGGGUCGAGGCCCGGAGGCACCCUUGCGGAACGGGGGCCGGGAGGAAGGGCAGCGGCGCGAGACGGCGGCUCUGGAGGGGCUGGGUGRCCUGCCUGGCGGCGGACCUCCUCUCGCUCCGGCUGCUGGAAGGGGCCGAUCCUUCGCCGGCCGCGGCCCGGAAAAGCACUCGCGCGUUUGCUCGCGGAACGGGAAAGGAGCCCGCCGCCCUUCCUCUCCGCUACGAAAACCCCCACACGGCGGCCGAGCUGAAGCGGCGCAGGCUCCGGCUCCUGCUGUACCUGCUGCGGUGGCCGGUGUGGGAAAGGGCGACCCUCCCGGCCCUGGAGGGGGCCUCGGGGGCGGUCCUCCGGAGGAUCCCCCUCCUGGGGGGCCUGGCCGAGACCGUCCUGUGGGACUGGAUCCUGUACUACCAGCACCCGUACGUCGCGGAAGAGGGGUGACCGUCCGUUCGCAUUCGGCRACCACCGAGCCGGAUCGGAUCCCGGUGGCACGGCUGCGGUCCCCCGCCGUGCAGCACGGCACGAGUCGGGCGGUGUCGGGUUUUUUUCCGGAGUUUUUGAGAAAAAAUGAUACAAUUCCGGCAUGGGUCUUCUUUUUUUUUUCACACAAACGAAACCUUGCUAUCGGGAAUGCAAAUGCCUCGCAGGCGGGAGUGUAUAUGCCUGGUGGUAAAGAAUAUUCGGUUGCGUUGCCAGUUCCCGUAGCUGUCAUCCACGGUGCCAAAAACAAACACAAUGCAGAUCGGUAGGAAUGAUGCAAGGAAAGCGAGAAUAGGAUGAUGGGAACGAUAAGAGCGAAMAAUAGUGMCCCGUACCAUAAAAUCGUUGUCCACAACCGAUGSCAAAAAGCURYCCCCAGAUCGAAUCGGGARAUGAAACAUGCGUUCGAUACCGUAMUAGACGCCGUGACGUGYUGUUGCAUCUGUGCCARUCGUGUUUCGUCCUCGUGGUAGAACCACAAUUCGCUGACAAACUCCUUUAGAAUAAAUCUAGAACAUCUAU